CGUGGAAGCGGUGUUGUCGCGGAUGGAUGACGUAAACGCGACGGAUUCCAUCAUGGCGGCGGAAGGCUGUGAGGAGAUGAGCGGCAACGGGGAGCUUGAAGAGUCUUCAGCGAUGGAGGCCUCUGAGGUUCCUGCGUCGCCUCCGACUGAGAUGGUGACGAUGUCAGAAGAAAACGGCAGUGCUGCUGAGGCCCAUGAGGUCCAUGAGGCCCCCGAAGCCCCUGUAGAUCCCCACCCUGAGAACUUCUCCAUGCCCACAGCGGCAGAAGACGAGGAGGGAGAGCUGCCUGCCGACUUUGAGCGUCUGUGGAAGGCCGCCCAUGACAGUCCUCAAGAUUUCACCAGCUGGACUGACCUGCUGCAGUACUGCGAGCAAGAGAGUCAUGUCACAGCGUCCCGCAGAGCGCUCGAGGCCUUCCUCGUCCGCUACCCGCUGUGCUACGGCUACUGGAAGAAAUAUGCCGAUCUGGAGCGCCGCGCCGGGUACAACGACAAAGCAGAGGAGGUGUGCAUCCAGGGUCUGCAGGUGAUUCCUCUGAGUGUAGAUCUGUGGAUCCACUACAUCAAUCUGCUGCUGGGAACACUGGACAUGAACCUGCCUGAGUCGCCUGUGCGGAUUCGCAGAGUGUUCGAGGAUGCGGUUCAGGCUGCAGGUCUGGACUUCCACUCGGACCGGCUUUGGGAUCUUUAUAUCGAGUGGGAGAAAGAGCAGGGGAACAUGAAGAACGCAACGGCCGUACUGGACAGAGUCCUCAAAGUGCCCACCCAGCUUUAUAACACACACUAUGACAAAUUCAAGGAGCAGCUCAACAGCCAAGAGCCCAAAGAGAUUCUCUCCCUGGAGGAGUACGAGGAGCUGAGGGCGUCGUGCCGUCAGAGUCAAAAGGCGGAGCGUGCCGAACAAGCCCAGGAGGAGGAGGAGGAGAGGCCGCCGGGGGAGGAAGAGCCCGCCACACCCGAGGGCACAGACACAGAGGAACUGAUGCAGAAGAUCAGGGAACAGGUGCUUCUUCGCAGGGACAAAGUUUACCAGGACAACGAGGGAGAAGUCCGCAAGAGAUGGCACUUUGAAGACGCUAUUAAACGUCCGUACUUCCACGUUAAGCCACUCGACCGUCUCCAGCUGCGGGCCUGGCACUCCUACCUGGACUGGGAGAUCGCUCAGCUGAGCAGCGACACCGAAGACUCCGACCAAGAUCCAAACCAGGCAGCCACAGAGGGGUCGGAGGUCACAGCACAGCCUCAGGAAGCACCAGAGGAUGCUGCUGUCGCCCGUGACGACUACAGGGUUCGAAUCCUCUUCGAGCGCUGCCUGAUCGCCUGCGCUCUGUACGAGGAGUUCUGGACCAGGUACACUCAGUACCUGGAGCUGCAGAGUGUGGACGAGGCGCGGGCGGUUUUCAAACGAGCCUGUGAGGUCCACCUGACGUACAAACCCAACAUCCACAUGCACUGGGCCACCUUCGAGGAGAGGCACGGUGACCUAACUGAGGCCCGGCGAGUCCUGGAGGCUCUGGAGAAAACCCUGCCAGGGCUGGCAGUGGUCCGUCUUCGCAGGGCGGCUUUAGAGAGACGAGCGGGCCAGCUAGACCAAUCAGAGGCGUUGCUGCGGGAGGCGGUGGCUGAAUCCAAAGAGAAGCCCACGCUACACGCCUUCUACUCCAUCAAACUGGCUCGCCUGUUGCUGAAACUGGGCAGGAACCCGAGCAGAGCCCGCACGGUGCUGCAGGAGGCGCUGGAGAUCAGUCCGGAUAACGAUAAACUGCAUAUGAACCUGUUGGAGCUGGAGGUGUCGGGGGACCCCUGGGCCUCGGCUGAGGCGGUGCAGGAGUGUGUGACGCGAGCCCUGGCAGCUCCCCUCACCCCAGACACCAAGAUCCUCUUCUCACAGAGAGGCCUGCAGUUCGCCGAGGACUACAGCAACUCUAUCCAGAGGGUGCUGUCUGUGUACGACGAGCACCAGAAGCUGCUGCAGGAGCUCGGUGGAACAAAGAGAGGAGCAGAGAACGGGGACGAGGACCCGGAGAAGCUGAGCAAAAGCGACGACGGCUCUGCUGUUGCUGUGUCUGCAACAGCUCCACCCACCAUGCCACACGUCCCCAUCACCACACCACCUCCACCUGUGAUGGGCACAGACAUGAGCGCGCAGGCUGGCUACGGAGGAUACAGCAACUGGUACCAGCAACCGCAGUACGGCAGCUACGGCUACCAGAACACCUGGAACUACAACCAGGGCUACUAUCCUCCCAGCUAAAGUGGGCGACAGUGACUGUGACACAAAAUAACCAGAGGAAGCAGUUUGACACCCCCCCAUAGCGACUUUUCAACCAAACGAUGAACUGAACCAGCCAGUCGCACUAAAACAACAUCCCAGCAUCCUCUCCUCUCUCCGUCCUCCUCGGAGUCCCCUCACUGUCCUGCAGUCACAAGAGGUCGGCGCGGGUUUUUGAGCAUGUCGUGUCAUUCAGUGUUGAUUCUGAGGAACGGGUGGAAUCAUGAGGGAAGGAAACACCCAUUCUCAGCACAUCAGUGUCUCCAUUUUAAUCAGAAAUAUUUUUGUAUUUGUUUGCUCCUGUUUUAAAGUCAUCCAGUUUUAUCGAAACUCUGCAAGCUGAUGUACGAUUGACAUUUUGUACCAUUCCAGAGUAGGCUAAUUGUUGUUUUUUCUAAUGUAUAUAAAGGUGUUUUAUAGUGUGUCACGACAGAG